UUAUGCAGUUAGGUGGAGUUAACCAAUGACCUGAGAGUUUGGAAAAUUGUGCAGGGUAGCUUGACUGGAUGGCUUAGCAGAGCUUGUGGCAUUUGUGUUGAGGCACACAUGCUGUAACUGAACAAGCUCUUCACUCCAGCUGCUGACACUUCCCGGGGCAAGACAGAAAAUCAAAGAGAGAGAGAGAAGCAAAGAGAGUUAAGUAACUUGACUAGUUUCUACGGUUUUUGAAGUUCCAAUCUCCCAGUUUUUUUGGAGGGGUUCUACCACAACCAGGCAACCAUGGCAGAUUCUAGCAUUCAACUUGAAACUGCAGCCCGCUCGGACAGCUCCGAGGACGAGCAAGUGGAGGAUGAACAUGUGGAGGACUCCCAGGUCCACGGUGUGAUGGUCCUGACUCUUCUGGACAAGAUCAUAGGGGCGGUGGACCAGAUCCAGCAGACGCAGAACAGCCUGGAGCACAGGCAGCAGGAGAUGGAGAGCUCGGUGACGGGCAUCCAGAGCGAACUGACCAAGCUGACCAAGUCCCACACGACCACCAGCAACACGGUCAACAAGAUGCUGGAGAAGGUGCGCAAGGUGAGUGUCAACGUGAAGACUGUGAGGCAGCACCUGGAGAAGCAAGCGGGGCAGAUCAAGAGGCUGGAGACCAACGAGGCAGAGCUGCUCAAGAGACGCAACUUCAAAGUCAUGAUCUACCAGGACGAAGUGAAGUUGCCCUCCAAGGUGAGCGUGUCCAAGUCCCUGAAGGAGCUGGAGAAGGUGGCGGAGGAGGGCGAGGAGGACUCUCAGCAUGGCAAGGAUCACGAGGACGAGGAGCAGGAGCAGCUGCAGCUCUCCUCGGACGAGGAGGUGGAGAUCGAGGAGAUCAUCGAGGAGUCGCGGGCGGAGCGCAUCAAACGCAGCGGCAUGAGGCGUGUGGACGACAUCAAGAAGGCCUUCUCCAAGGAGAAGAUGGAGAAGACCAAGCUGAAAACCAAGGAGAACCUGGAGAAGACCAAGCUGAAGACCAAGGAGAACCUGGAGAAGACCAAGCUGAAGACCAAGGAGAACCUGGAGAAGACCAAGCACAACAUCGAGAAGAAGAUGAGCAAACUGGGCACCAGGAUCGUCAACACCGAGCGCAAGGAGAAGAUGAAGAUCUCCAGUGAGAAGGUGAAGAAGUCCUUCACACCGAACCACACGGUCUACGCUAGAUCCAAGACCACCAUAUACAGGGUGCCUCCCUUUACCUUCCAUGUGAAGAAGAUACGUGAUGGAGAAGUGGAGGAGGUGAUGGGUACCGAGAUGAUGGAGGUGGGAGGGGAGGAGGAUGGGGAGAUCCAAGAGCUCCUGAUGGAAGAACACAGCCCUGAGGUACAGGCCUUGCUUGAGCUGGCAGAGGAGACAGAUACCUUCCUGGCUGAAAAGAGAGAUCGAGAAAGAGACAGCGACUAGGAUGUGAGCCUGAGCUGAGGACUAUGAAAUGUGAGACCUGAAAAAUAAUGGACAGAUAAUCUGGGUUUGAAUAUUAUAACCGUUUGAAACCCAGCCUGCAACCUGGAGAAACAAUAUAAUGGUUUAUUUUCUUUUUUAAGCUUCUGGUCAUGCCUUUUAGCAUAUACUUUUAGACACACAAAUUCAAUAUUUUAAAAAGGAAUAUAUUCUGAACCGCACAGAAAAAGUUAACUUAUAUUAUGUUGACUUUUUUGUUUGUUUGUUUUGAGUGAGCCUUCCUGAAAGUAUUACCAGUUACGAAGUGCUAAAACACAAAAUAUAAUUAAAAAAACAAAAAAAAACACGAUGAAGCAGCGAACUGACGUCACAAGUGCUAGCUAGUUGGCUACCGAUAAGCGGAUGGAAUUAUGAGAUGGGGAUUUGAGUCGCUAUAAUGAUAGUGUCACGCAUUGUGACAACAGAUUGAAAUGUGUCAGUCAGUCAAGGAAUGUUGGUACCAAUUGGUUACACUGUUUCUUGAUAAGUGAAACUUAUAAGUGAUAAUAUACAGUAUACAGGACAGCUUCCCGGUUUUAUCGAUGCAUACAAGGAUUAAUUGAUAUAUAAAUAAUAGUGUUAGAAUGAGUUCAAAGCACUAUAAAGAAACAGCAAUUUUCCAGCAAUACUGUAGGUGUUUGUAGCUGUUAUGUCAUGAGCUAUGUGGUUAAUAACUAAAGAAUAUAUAUAUAUAUAUAUAAUAUAAUUUAGUAUCCUAAAAAAUGCAUAUAUAGUCAAUACAUAUAGAUAUUAUCUAAAUGAGUUAAAAAAUUAAAAAAGUUUUUUUGUGUGUAGAGACAGUAUUUUUAUUUCUACUGUUAUUAUUAUUAUUAUUAUUAUUAUUAUUAUUAUUAUUAUUAUUAUUAUUAUUCAUCUUUAUUUAGACAGGAAAAGAAUGCAGCAAGUCUAAAUUCAGGUUUGUUGCAGGGUAUUUCAAUUUCAAGGCAAAACUUAAAUCAAGCAGGCCAACAUUUUCGCUAAUGCCUUCAUCAGUGUACUCAGUGUUUCAGUUACAGUAUUGUACAGUAGAUUAUAAUUAUUGAAACAUAAAGUGCUUGCUAAGAAAUAAUCACCAUGGCUACACCACUGAUCAAUCUGUGUUUGAAGACGUCAGUGGCGCUUUUGAAAUAUCAGUGCAGUUGCAAUAUUUGGUCACAGGGUGGAGCUGUGAAUUGCUAAGUAAAUAAAGCCCAUGACACUCUGACGUAAACAAUAACAUUUUUUUGGAGAGUGAGCUGCAAUCAAAAGAGUUUUAUUCAGGAACAAAGCAAAUCCGAAGACAGUACAUAACGCAAUCGCAAGAUACUGUAAGCAAAGUUGCAGGUCUCAGCAGACAAAAUCUUGAGCAGGUGGUAUUCGAGCGCCCCACCCUGACAUCAGAGAGUUCGUUUCUGAGCUGGCCUCAGUGUAGGUGUAGUUUUCCUGCGCCCUGAAACAAUAGUUACAGACAUUAAUAUACUGGGCAGUUUACGUUCCACAGGACGUGGAGGAGCUCCACGUAGAGGGAGUGGAAAUCUCCCACUUUCACCAAUUAAAGAGCUGGCCAGCAGGCGCUCUGAGACGUGGAACCAAAAGCAGAAGUUAGUGGAUGAGAACCAGUUUUAGCUGGGUUGAUUGUGGUUCGCACCUUUGAUCAAAAUCAGCUUUUUAAGUAGAAAUAACUUGUUCCUAAACAAGUCAUCCGUCCGAGGUUGCUGAGUCAUAAAAACACUAUUUGUUACCACGAUUCUCAGUCACAGAGGCACCUCAGUCCACGCGCAAAGUCACAGAGCUACAAAGACAGGGGCAACGUUUAGGCAGUAGAUUUGAAAAGCCUUAUAUUAAACACAGGAAAAUCACACAGUGUUCAGAGACAGAGUUUGAAUGAUUUCUCGCUUCUUUACCAUUUAAAAAGGGGCACAUAAAGCGAUUACAAUUUAUAUAAACCCUUACAAUGCACUGUACAUUUUUUUUAAUAUGAUGUAGAAAUGUGUUUGGGGGAAAAACAAAACCAAAAAAAAAAUCACACGCUUUAAUCAGAAGGUUUUUCUUAAAGGGGAAGUGGUAUUAGCCAAAACCUGCUAGAUUAGUUUUGCCUGGGUGUUUUUCAAGAAGAGAAACUGGAGCGAAUUUAUUAGGCGUGCACUUGCAGCGGGAAGUGAAUGCAGGGCUUAAAAAAAAAAAAAAAAAAAUCUAUUGUAAUCAUCAAAAGAAGGGUUUUUUUUGUACCCAGUCCAAGAUCCUUACUCUGGUUGUGGCAAAUCAAUUUUAGAAUCAGUUGAUGUAUUACCAGAGCAGAAAUCUAAUCAAGCUAAGUGCUUUCGGGAUGCGACAGCAAUAGCAGCAUACUGGGACGCAGAAGCAUAAUAUUAACAACUGUGUUCUAGAAAGUACAUGAUGGCUUUCACGGCUGGAGAAGGCACUAAUGUUGUGGAAAUGAAAAAUGUAAAUGGAAAAGCAGAGAGACUUGGAAGGGAAAUAAAUGAUAGGAUCAAGCCAGCCAAAGAGCAGUUUUGACGUCAGUCUGGUUCUUAUUUACGAUAAAAUAUGAUCUGAUAUAAUCAGUUGUUAAAAAUGAUUUACUGUUGCUGCUUUAGCUGGCCAAGUGCAUCUGCAUGGCUUUGUGUCCCUGUCAUUGUUUAAGACUUUCCUUCCUAGCCUUCAAGCAAAUUCAGAUGCAGACCCCUACAACUCUUUCCAUUCAAAGCUGAGUGUUAUUGCAGCUUCUGCUGUUCUACGCACAGUGUGUCCUGUUCAAUUAGUCUUUCUUCAAAGCUUGACCUAUCUCAGUAUAAACCACAGCAGACCCUAAAUGGAGCCAGGUUGCUUUAGGUAUGUCAAAUAAAUUGCUUUGUCCUUUGAUUGCAUUACAUGCAUAGCUUUAACUAGAACCUGCAGAUAUCAUUCAGUCUAAAGGGUGACAUGUUCUAAAUACGUCCCACUGAUUCAAUUAUUAAAGGAAUUAAAACAACAGGUGGAGGUGUUAAGAAUUGGCACUGUUGAAAUCAAUUGAAUAGAACCCAUUGACUUCCAUAGAGAGUCAUGGCAGUACAUUAAACCCUAGCUGCCACUCUCUAAUGCAUAGGCCUCUGUUUGACACAAUGAUGGACCAGCUUAGUCUGCUGGAGUUUAUGAAAUUAAAAUCCUGUUCCAGGUCCCUUUGUGGGGGUUUUAGCUGAGCCAUAUACUCAGACACUAAUCUGCACCCCUGAAUGUGCUUGAGCGCUCAAAAAGGGCUUCACUUUACGAAGGCAUGAUUAUAACUGUUCCUAUUAUGUGCAUUCUGUAUAAUUGCUAGAUCGUUAUUUCCUGUGCUUUCUCUCUAAUCCAGCAAAACAUGCUUCAGAAAAGACUCCUCUGUGCUGAUUGUUAGGGGGACGGGGACUGGGGAAGCAUAUUGCUGAUGCGCUGAAUUUCAUAGGAGAAAUAUAGUGCAUUGAAGCCUGUGCAACAAUUAUAUGCUUCCCCACAGCAUUGAUGCAAUUUUUGCUGGAGUACUAUAAGCAUGGAAAAUAAUGUUCUAAGAAGAAACAGCUGUUGAGAAUCAUGCAGCACAUGCAUGAUACAGAUCUGUAUAAUGACAAUGCAGCUGAUAUGAAAUAUCAUUUUAUUAUCAUAAGGAUAUGAUUACAUGAAGAUGUACUUCUACACCCAUUAAGCCUGGAUGUUGCCUCUUCUUCAAUGGACGCUCAAUGUAUACCGAGCAUCUAAAGCAACUUAUCACUAUUGUAACACAUUUAUUUUUGAAAAAAAAAUAAGGUAUAUAAAUGAUUUUAGGUUUCUUUUUAAUCACUCGAUCAUUCAUCCUUGACCAUGCACUUAAUCACCUAAUUAGUGAGACAGUUGAUUGGAUGCUGGAUGUGGAGUGAUUUCAGCUGUUGAAUUGCAAGCUUGAAUAAAAGCAAUAAAGAAAAUCACAGAAAAAAAAACCCAAUAUGCUACGUCUGUCGAGAGAGCAGCGCCUUCGUGCGAUCGGCAUGUUGGAGGCUGGACUAGGGCAGCGUGCUGUGGCUCGCCGUCUUGGGUGCUCACAGCUGGCGAUUUCAAACCUGACGAGACGGUAUAACCAGACACACUCUGCCAAUGACAGAGCCAGAACUGGGAGACCAAGAGUCACAACACCUGCCCGAGAUCGACAGAUCAUUCUGCAGCAUCUUCGUGAGGUCAAUUGUUAAUCAGCACAAUAAAAAGUCAAUGCACCUGCUCUUUUUUUUUAUCACAGCUAGUGAAUUUUAUCCAAAUAUAAGUGACACGUUUCUUUUGAUGCUCAGUAUAUAGUACCAGCAGUUGUUUUGAAUACUAUUCAGUUAGAAAGGCUUGAUGAAAUGGCAUGGUUUUUAUUCGCUUCAUGGCAUUUUAAAAGCAUCCGAUUAUAUGCUGGAACAGUAUUUAUUUAUUAUGUUAUUGUUUUUUUUUUUUUUAUUUUAGUGACUAUAUCCUGGUGAACAGAUUAAAAAAAAAAAGAUGUAAAAAAAAUGUUUACAUUGACCACAUAGCAUUUAGAUGGAGAAGCUUUAUAUUGUAUAUUAUUACUUUCUAUAUUGUAUAUUAUCAAUUGCCUAACCACUAACAAGUCAAUAAAACAACGUCUGAUUCA